UCAUCGUCAGUUUUUUACCAUCACCAAAUCUGCGCCUCCCAUAGGGCAACAUCUUGAAGCCAAAACAACCGCCAAACCCUAGCUCCGAUCAGAACUCCCCGAUCAUGGCGUUUUCUACUCGCCUCCUCUCCAAAUCUCGGCAGCUGUAUGGGAGUCAAGUCAUUUUGCGUCAGGACAAUGUUGUUCCAGUUCGGUUUUUUGCCAAAGAUGCUGCUCCCCCUCCUCCUCCCAAAUCUCUCAAGGGAGAUGAGAUGUUGAAGAACGUCUUUUCAGAUGUUAAGAAGAAAUUUGAAACUGCAAUAGGGAUUCUUCGAAAGGAGAAGAUCACUAUUGAUCCAGAUGACCCAGCAGCUGUUUCUCAAUAUGCAAAGGUCAUGAAGACUAUUAGAGAUAAGGCUGGCUUGCUCUCGGAAUCUCAAAAAAUUAAAACCACCAUAGAAACAGAAACUCAAGAUAUUCCAGAUGCCCGAACAUACUUGCUGACAUUGCAGGAAAUAAGGAUCAAGAGAGGACUCACUGAUGAACUAGGUGCUGAGGCUAUGAUGAUGGAUGCAUUGGAAAAAGUUGAAAAUGAAAUUAAAAAACCUCUUAUGAGAAAUGACAAGAAAGGAAUGGCCCUUCUUUUGGCAGAGUUUGACAAGGUUAAUAAGAAGCUUGGCAUUCGGAAGGAAGAUCUACCUAAAUAUGAAGAAGAGUUGGAGGUCAAAAUUGCAAAGGCACAACUGCAGGAAUUGAAGAAGGAUGCUAUUGAAGCAAUGGAAACACAGAAGAAGCGGGAGGAGUUCAAGGAUGAGCAGAUGCCUGAUGUGAAGUCCUUGGACAUCCGGAACUUUCUCUGAGAAGCACUGCUAUGCUAUUGAUGUUCCUAUACGAGGUCAAACUUGGUAGUGGAAACAGAAGUAUUCAGAUUCUGACGAAAGCCUUUCCUGUUUUGCUUUUGUAAUAAAAAGGGAGCUGGCCGUUUGAAGUUGCUCAACCUUCUCUUAACUGAAUCCUAAUCGUUAUAUAAAAUAUCAUUUUGCUUCCAGAAGCUGGAAAUCUUGAAACUGAAUGCACUGAGAAGUUACAUCGGCAAGAAGUCAGCUGUCUUUUUUUUUUUUUUUUUUUUUUUUUUACAAGUAGUUAUUGGAGGAGAAUAUUUUCCACUAUGUUAGUGGCUGUUGCUUAGCAUUGCAAGACAGACCUCGUGAUAAAGAAAUGGGUGGAAUAUGGCAACUGUUAAAUUCUAAUAAAACCUUACAUUCAAG